AUGAUUGCUAAAUUUUUGGUGAUGAUGACAGUAAUAGUAGCUCUUACUCACGGAGGACUUAUCGGUGAAAUUGGAUUAGACAGUGGUCUUGGACUAAAGGGAGGAAUCUCAAGCAUUGGCAUCCAAAGCAUUGCUUUAGCUGGAAAGGAGGCUGUAGUUGAUUUGAUUGCUCCUCCAAAAUAUGAAUAUAAAUACGCAGUAGAGGAUCCACACACUGGAGAUCUCAAAGAACAGCAAGAAUCCAGAGUCGAUGACCUCACUAAAAGCGAAUAUGCUGUUGCGGAGAAAGAUAGAAAAAUUCAGGUAUCUAGAAUUAUUGGUAAAAGCAUUCCUUUAGUCUCCAAAUCUAUAUCGCUAGGAAAAUAUUAAGAAUGUGCC